GGUGGUGGCGGUAACGCGUCCAGUAGCUGCUUCUCCAACCGCCAGAAAACACUGGAGAAGAAAAAACCGCCGCUCGCCUGAGCCGCUUUAGCCCCUCGAGUUAUAAAAAUAAAAACACGUUAUUGUGUCUGGCUCUGAGGAUUUAAAACCCUGAGCUGUGUGAGGACAUGAAAACAGAGACAUCCAUGGAUGGAGAGACCUCAGAAGCCUGUGUGAAGAAAGAGGAGACGCUGGAGCUGAAUAUCUACAGCUAUGGAGACAAUCUUGACAACCCACCUGAAGGUCUCUCCAUUAAAGUGGAAGAUCCUGACGAUAAAGACUAUCUCUACUGUGAAGUUUGCAAAACCUUCUUCCUCAACAAAUGCGAGGUUCAUGGACCACCCCUCUUCAUCCCUGAUACUCCUGUUCCCAUGGGAGUCCCUGACCGAGCCAGACAAACCCUUCCUCCUGGGCUAGAAAUCCAGAAGUCCAGUAUUCCUGAUGCAGGCCUGGGAGUGUUUAAUAAGGGGGAGACUGUUCCAGUAGGUGCACACUUCGGCCCCUGCCAGGGAGAGCUGGUGAACCGAGAGGAAGCCAAGAACAGUGGAGACUCCUUGGUUGUAUACAGGAGCAUGCAGUGUGAGGAAUACAUCGAUGCCAAAAGAGAGACGCAUGUGAAUUGGAUGAGGUAUGUGAAUUGUGCCCGUAAUGAAGAAGAACAGAAUCUUGUGGCAUUUGAGUAUCAAGGGGGAAUUCUGUAUCGUUGCUGUCGAUCCAUUAACCCAGGACAGGAGCUCUUGGUGUGGCAUGAAGAGGAGUACACCAAAGAACUCCGUCCUGCACCUACAGGAACAACCAGACAGCAAGAAGUAAAGAACACUCUGCUGCAAGUCUUUUCAUGCUCCACAUGCCCUCGUUCCGAUGCAUCUCCAAUUUACCUCGACAAGCAUAUCCGGAGAUGCCACUAUGAAGAGUACAUGAGACUGCGAGAAUCAGGAGAGAUUAAAUAUAAGCUUCAGAUCCCCUCCAAAUGCUCCAGUCGUCAACCAACAUCAACUGAUGUUAUCCAUUCUGAUACUUCCCAUAAUGAUAUACAGAAGGAAAUUCACCACUGCUCAGAUUGUGGAAAGAGUUUUAGUUAUCAGAAUGCACUCAAGACACACCAGCGCAUUCACACAGGGGAAAAGCCGCAUCACUGCUCACAGUGUGGGAAAAGUUUUACUCGUCAGAGUCAUCUCCAAAUACACCAGCGCAUUCACACAGGAGAGAAGCCGUAUCUCUGCUCACAGUGUGGGAAGAGUUUCUCUCAGCAGAGUUCUCUCCGACUACACCAGCGGAUUCACACAGGAGAGAAGCCGUAUCACUGCUCACAGUGUGGGAAGAGUUUCUCUCAGCAGAGUUAUCUCCGACUACACCAGCGGAUUCACACAGGAGAGAAACCGUAUCACUGCUCACAGUGUGGGAAGAGUUUUACUUGUCAGAGUCAUCUCCAAAGACACCAGCGCAUUCACACAGGAGAGAAGCCGUUUCACUGCUCACAGUGUGGGAAGAGUUUUACUCAGCAGAGUGCUCUCCAAAUACACCAGCGCAUUCACACAGGAGAGAAGCCGUAUCACUGCUCACAGUGUGGGAAGAGUUUUACUCGUCAGAGUGCUCUCCAACAACACCAGCGCAUUCACACAGGAGAGAAGCCGUAUCACUGCUCACAGUGUGGGAAGAGUUUUACUCGUCAGAGUGAUCUCCAAACACACCAGCGCAUUCACACAGGAGAGAAGCCAUAUCACUGCUCACAGUGUGGGAAGAGUUUUACUCGUCAGAGUGAUCUCCAAACACACCAGCGCAUUCACACAGGAGAGAAGCCAUAUCACUGCUCACAGUGUGGGAAGAGUUUUACUCGUCAGAGUGAUCUCCAAACACACCAGCGCAUUCACACAGGAGAGAAGCCGUAUCACUGCUCACAGUGUGGGAAGAGUUUUACUCGUCAGAGUGCUCUCCAACGACACCAGCGCAUUCACACAGGAGAGAAGCCGUAUCACUGCUCACAGUGUGGGAAGAGUUUUACUCGUCAGUAUGAUUUCCAACAACACCAGCACAUUCACUCAGGAGAGAAGCCGUAUCACUGCUCACAGUGUGGGAAGAGUUUUACUCGUCAGUAUGAUCUCCAACAACACCAGCGCAUUCACACAGGAGAGAAGCCGUAUCACUGCUCACAGUGUGGGAAGAGUUUUACUCGUCAGUAUGAUCUCCAACAACACCAGCGCAUUCACACAGGAGAGAAGCCGUAUCACUGCUCACAGUGUGGGAAGAGUUUUACUCAUCAGAGUGCUCACCGACGACACCACCGCAUUCACACAGGAGAGAAGCCGUAUCACUGCUCACAGUGUGGGAAGAGUUUUACUCAUCAGAGUGAUCUCCAACACCAGCGCAUUCACGCAGGAGAGAAGCCGUUUCACUGAUCACAGUGUGGAAAAAUGUUUGCUUGUUUAGUUACAUUUAAGACCUUCAAGUGCACUAACUCGGAGACACUGCAUGAUUUAAAGUUGUCAAAUUAAAUAUGGUUGUUACAGUUUUGACUGAAAAUGACUGUACUUUGAACUUUUAUUUUUCAUGUUACGCUGGUCAACAAUUUUUCAGAAGUUGUCUGCUUCAGAGAUGAAAUUGGCUAUUAUGAAAUUUGGUGUGUUGAAUUAGAAGUGACAGUUAAUCAGCUGAUUAGCUAUGGCUUCCAAGAUAUUUAAGAUUUUAAAUUUUAUACUUAUGUACAUUGUGUAGAUCGUAAUGUUUUAAAUAUAAAUUGUAAAACUAGGUCUCUUCAUGUGUUUAUGGUCGGUUUACAUGAUAUUUCACCUGUUCUCUUUAUGUAACACUAGAAAAUCAGCAAAAAGUUUAUAUAAAUAAAAUGUAUUAUGAACCAAAUUGCAAAAACCGAUGUGAUUUUUCCGCGAAUUCGCGGAAUUCCGCUUUUUUCACCUCAAAUUUUGAAAAAAUUUUUUCCGAUUUUUUCGCUCAAAAAUCUGCAUUCAUAUCCUAUUCGUUCCGACUUUCAGUAAUUCCGUCAUUGAGAUGAAACGAGGUACGUGAUUGGCCCAUCGCUCUGUAACAACCAUUGAAUGCGCUUGUUAGAUAGCUGUACGUAAGCUUGCUUCAAACAAAGAGUUGAAAGAUGGCAGCCUCCGUGAUCGAGCGUAAAGAUGCACCUGAUCAUCAGUUUAGUGUGUGUGUGUGUGUUUUUAAAGUAAAUAAACAUGGGGAAGAAGAAAAAAACAACCCAGCUCAUUUCUUUCCCCAUAAUAAACCUGUGAGUGGUGAUGGUGUCACUGCACGUGCGACAGUUGGGUAUGUUUUCGCGGGGUGACGAAGGUUGCCGUGGCAACGGGGCCUCGCUUCAUCUGUUGCUUCCUGGAUGCGCAUGCGCACGCUAUGAAAGCUGUGGUGAAAAGGUUAGCAUUGGAGGCUAAACCUUCUGAGGAGAAAAGAAGGGGCGGUUUUUCAGUUUGUUUUAGUUACGUCCGAAGAAACAGCAGUUUAAAUCACGGCUCUAGUUUACAAAUCAAAAUGGUUACUCAAUGAAGAAAAAACAAAAGCUUGAGAGAGGGGGAGUAGUGGGAGUUUAACCCGGGAAAGUGAGUCUGUGAGGCGGCAGUGAUGCUUGACCCUUCCCGCCUCCUCUCACUUUACCUCAGUCUCUGCCAACUUCAUCACAGAUUAUUUCACCUUUUUCACUCGAAGUUAGUUUUAAUUUUCGCUCAAAACUUUUCCCACAGCGUGGAUGUAAGGUAAUUAUACACAAUUUUGAUUUGUUUAUUCAAUAUUAAAAUGUUAGUGCAAAUAAUACAUACUUGCCAACUUUUCAAAAUUCUCAUGAGGGAGAAAAGUGCAUGAAAGACAUUUUCAAUUGGCCGAGGGUCUGAUGCGCGGUUGAAAUGAUAAAAACAGUGGAUCCCAAUUAAUUGCAAACACAUUUUUUGUGACUGUUGUUUAGUGAAAAAGUGAUUUUUAUUCUUGCAUAUGAAAAUCCUCGAGUGAGUGAACACUGUACAGUUCUGUAUAUGAGUCAAUUUCACAAAUGUUUUUUUUUUUUUUUUUUGGCCGGACGUGUUUUGUUUACAUUUUGAGAUUUCUAAAACCUUUUUAUGGUCUCAUAUGAUAAAACAUUAUCAGUUCUACCUUGCAUUUCAAAAUUUGAGUGGAAAAAAUUUGGUGGAUGAAUUCUUAUGUUGUAUCAUGUUUGUUUGAAAAGGCACAUUUUGGUAUG